AUGAAGGGGUAUAUCCACCAACUGGCUUUACAAGUCAUACAUUUCACGUUGGAGAUCCUGCGCGCGGCAAGCGCCAAGGGAAACUGUUUUACUGGGGCAUUCUAUUUUACCGAUGGAAAAAAUGUGGUUGAUAACUACGCUCUUAGAGGUAAUGGCAUUACUAGCUUCAGUGUUCCAGAACCAAUUGAUUGCUUUAGAGCCUGUCGGCUGGAAUGUCGGUGUAUCUCGUUCAACUAUAAACAGACGCAAAACCUGUGCCAAUUGAACGAGGAAAGCCGAUAUACUAACGCCAGUGCCUUAGGAUUUGCGGAGGGAUGGCAAUACUACGAUCUGGUUAUCGACUACAACGUACAGGUAAGAACGAAAAGAAUUACUGUACGUCUUUAGGUGGUCAAUUUUUCAAACUGUCGAAUGUUGAUAAUGAUUUUUCCUAAAUAGGCUUACUGCACCAAACUGGUGGUAUCUAGCUCUAAGUCAGAGGAAAUAAGUAACGAAAUUGUGUGGUUACGAUUAAACGAGAGGCUGAAGAUACUGUAGCCCAGGUGCAGACGUCACUCUCCUAUCUUUGCAGCGAGCGGAAAAAGGGGCUACAACAAAGGAAGUAGGAGGUGCAUGCACGCACGCUAAUGAUACAGUAAAUCUAAUGUCAGCAAUCUGUCUAACGUCGAAAUCUGUACAAUUGCAACUUUUCCAACCGAAAAUCUUUAUUCAAGUUAGGCGCUUGAUACAAACGAUCGAUGCAUUUAAGGGCAUGCGAAAAGCGGAAGCUGCCGAAAAUAGGGUCAAAAUUAAUGGUGGAAGUAACAAAACGCAGUUUCUCUGUCAAAUUCUCAAGUUAUUAUUUUCUUUUUAAGGGCAAUGUUCCUGUGGUUCGAUGUGAAAAUGGCUGUUGCGAGGACAGUCCCUGCCUCAAUGGAGGAACGUGUCACGAGACCUGUGACAUCAUGGGCAAACGUUUCACGUGUGAAUGCGGUGCGUAUGCUACAGGGAACCUCUGUGAAACUGGUACAGCACUAGAUUUAAGUUUCCUUCUCUUUUCGUUCUUUGUCAAUUUAAGUGAGUGUUACCGUAAAAUCAGAUAAUGUAUUGAGUGGAAAUGACUGAGAAAAACAACAAUCAACUUACUUACUUACUUAGGUCGGGUGAUCAUCCCGAGUCGUCCUAAUAUAAAAAUCUUUCCACACGACCUGAUCUUAUCUCUUUGGUAUUGCCCAGUCCAGUGUCAGCCUUUAUGGUGUCAAUGUAUGUAGCACUUGGCCACCUCGAUUUGGGUGAACAUAUUGGGGGUUUUUGAAGCGGUCUCUUCAUUAUGAGGAGCACAAUGGCCAGCUAAUCUUAAUCUUCUUGCAUGGAUUGUUAUACGGGAGGCUAGCUAUACGGGAGGCUCCCGUAUAGCUCCUGAUUGUUGAUAUGUUGUUACCAGUGCACAUUCAGGACCGUUCGCAGCAUUCUGGUGUAGCAUCAAUCGACACUUUUCUCCAGCUUCUUGGUCUCGGCCCACGUUAGCCUGAGUAUCAGGCCUUCCUAAGGGGCUAGGGAAGCCUUUUCCCCCAGAAACGCCUGUUACUCAGGAUAGGUCCACGUUUCACUUCCAUAGAGUAAGACAGACUCCACACUUGCUCUAAAAAGUCUGAACUUUUUUGCUAGUGGCUGCUUUGAGGUCCACACUUUUCUCAUUCCGUUGCAAGCUACAUAAGCUGAAGCUUCAAACGGUGCUGUUUAGUAUCGCUUGCUCUAGCUGCGAGACCUAAAUAUGCAAGCGUUUCUUUUUCAGACUUCCGCCCCGGCGAUUUGCCAACCCCCAAAGGCAAAAAAAAUGCAAGAUUCUGAGAGAGCUGGGAAAAGUAGUGCAUGAGAAAUGGGUAAAAAGUCGUGAAAUGUCCCAAAUUUCCUGGUGGAAGGAGUUACAGUGAGGAUUAUGUGUAUUGGAAGUCACAUACCUCUUUAAAGCUUGAGCAGUAAACAUCACGACCAAUUUUUAUGAUCUAGGUUUUGAGAUUUCUAUGUUUAUUGUUGCAGCCAUCUUGAAACAAGAGAAACAGUAAGUCUGCACAUUUGUUGGCAGCGGCAAGUCGCGGUAUAUACAUGUAGGCUCAAGAAUGUAAUCAUGAUCAAACGCGACCGCUUAACGUUUUCUUUGGAUUGAGCUGGCUAUCUAUUGAUAUCUAACUUGGAAACGAACCCUACAGCUCCAAAUUUUUUUUAGAGUUUGACUUUUCGAGAAAGCUUGAGAAAUCAUUUGCCAACUCGUGAGAGCGUAAGAUAGGUCCUGAGGUCGUGAGUCAUGUACACUGUUUAGGAGAAGACUUGUGCGAAAAUGUGUUCCCUUUUUAGGACAGACGAGCGCAAAAUUGUAUACCCUGUUUAGGACAGGGACGAAAAUAAACCGCCCUGUCCAGCGGCACAUCCCUGUAUUGGUCACAUAAAGGAGUACCGACCCAGGGGCGAAUCGUAGCGUCACUCUGGUACUCCGAAACUCAUUUUCCAUUGUGAUAUUCGGUUUAUCACCCGACGAAUGGAACUGAAAAAAAAAAACUUGUCAUUCGCUUGGGCUUGUCUUUGAUAAUAAACAACUUCUCAGAAUGUCUGUGUGUGGUCGUAAGUUGGUACUUCUUAUUAUUCCUACUUGAGUGUACCUUGUAUUGCUCAAUAUUUAAAGUAGCUUUUGACCUUUUACCAUUUGAGUUUUUUUCUACAGCGAUCUGCUUCACCCCCGACUGGCUUCGCUUUCAAAAUUCAUGUUUCAAAGUUUUCACCAAAAAGCUAACUUGGUUUGACGCACAGAGCUCCUGCGCCCUAAUCAACAGCAACUUAACGUCAAUUCACAGUGCAGAGGAGAACGACUUUGUGGGCAAACUUGUACCGCCUGGUUCGCCCUCUGUAUGGAUUGGUUUCGCCGACUUAUACAGCGAAGAUGACCGCUUUGAAUGGGUUGAUGGCACGUACAAAUCAUUUACAAAUUGA